AAAAGAAAGAAUUUCAAAAUCGUGGUUUGAGGGCUGAAUGGCUGAUGCAGUCGGAAACUGGAUUGAUCACGCCUUCAAAAUUUUCAGGUGAGCGCGCACAGUACGGAAACGGCAAAUCAGACAAAAUACAAAUAAAAUAAAAAUUAAUUAAUAGAAGAGUGAAACUAGCCGUUGCUUACUGGCAAUUCCCCCAAAUUAGAAGAACAAGAAACGAAGAAAACCCUCACUUUCCUUCUCCAGGAGCACUCCCGCUUUCAUUCUUUCCCUUAAUUGCUUGUUGGAUCUGCCCUGAACCGGAUUUUCCUUUUCUUUCUUCGUCUUGUGCCCCAAGAUCACAGUUCUUUUUUAUGAGAAUUGGUACUGGAUUCGCGUUUAUUUCCAUUUUGUUCAAGAACCCGGUCGGCUGAUUUCUACUGACAUUCAGUAACUUGUCAAAAUGAGAUUUGGUACGCCGGCUACCCCAUCUUCAAUGAUUAAGAAAGCUCCUUCAAGUACGCCAGGUGGUGGUCCAAGAACUCGGGAGGAGAAGAUACUUGUGACAGUUAGAGUUAGGCCACUUAGCCCGAAAGAGCAGGCUGCUUAUGAUCUUAUUGCUUGGGAGUUCAUUGAUGAACAUACAAUUACUUCUAAGAAUUUGACUCAUGAAAGACCUAGUGGACCCUAUACAUUUGAUAAAGUGUUUGAUUUGUCGUGCUCAAAUCAGAAAGUUUAUGAAGAAGGGGCUCGGGAUGUAGCUAUCUCUGUUCUAAGUGGAAUUAAUGCAACAAUAUUUGCUUAUGGGCAGACCAGUAGUGGAAAGACGUUUACUAUGAGAGGGAUAACUGAAAAUGCUAUCUUGGACAUAUAUGAGCAUAUCGCUAUUACACCAGAAAGGGAAUUUGCACUUAAGUUUUCGGCCCUUGAGAUCUAUAACGAAACAGUGGUCGACCUUUUAAACCGUGAUUCUGGCAGCCUUCGACUUCUCGAUGAUCCUGAGAAAGGCACUAUAGUGGAAAAACAAACGGAAGAAGUUGUAAAGGAUGCCCAGCACUUACGCCACCUUAUCGGAAUAUGUGAAGCUCAAAGACAAGUAGGAGAGACUGCCCUUAAUGAUAAAAGUUCAAGAUCACAUCAAAUAAUCAAGCUGACCAUUGAGAGCAGUCUUCGGGAACCUUCAGGGUGUUUGAGAUCAUUGUUAGCAAGUUUGUAUCUUGUUGAUCUUGCUGGAAGUGAACGUGUGUCACAAACAAAUACAAAUGGUGCAAGGUUGAAGGAAGGGAGCCAUAUUAAUCGAAGCUUGCUUACUUUGACAACUGUUAUUAGGAAGCUAAGUAGUGGCAUGAGGAGUGGACACAUUCCAUAUAGGGACUCAAAACUCACGAGGAUAUUACAGUCUUCUCUUGGGGGGAAUGCCAGAACGGCAAUUGUUUGUACAAUGAGUCCUGCUCUGACUCAUGUGGAACAAUCACGGAACACUCUCAAUUUUGCUACAAGUGCAAAAGAAGUUAGAAAUAAUGCACAAGUAAAUCUGGUUGUCCCUCAGAAGCAAUUAGUGAAGCAUUUGCAAGAAGAAGUUGCAAGGCUUCAAGCAGAGCAUCGAAGUCCUGAGCCAUUUGGCUCCUCAACAUUGAGGUCCUUAUUGAUGGAAAAGGAACUGAAAAUUCAGCAGAUGGAGAUUGAGAUGAAUGAACUGAAACGACAAAGAGACAUUGCUGAAUCCCAGCUGGAGCUGGAAAGAAGAGCACACAAGGAGCCAAAGGGAUCAAAUCAUCAUGGACCAUCUCGUCAAGUUGUUAAAUGCCUUUCUUUUUCUGGUGAGAAUGAAUCAAUCUCUGAAAGUCCUCUUCCGAGAACCAAACCGAGGAAGAUGAUCGGAAGGCAGUCAGGAGUUAGACAGUCUUCAAAUUCUCCAUCCAUGCUUGUGCAUGAGAUCCGAAAGCUUGAGAUGAGACAGAAGCAACUCGGUGAAGAAGCCAACCGAGCACUUGAAUUACUUCAUAAGGAGGUUGCUUCUCACAGACUUGGCAGUCAAGAUGCAACUGCGUCGAUUGCAAAACUGCUUUCAGAAAUCAAGGAAAUGCAGGCUAUCAGUUGUAUUCCCGAAAAGAUAGAUAUGAAAGACAAAGGUAGUUUGAAAGAAGAGAUUGCUCGGUUAGACUCUCAAGAAAGUACCAUUGCGUCUCUUGAAGAAAAGCUUGAAAAUGUUCAAAGAUCAAUAGACAACUUGGUAAUGUGUUAUCCAAGCGGUGAUGAGAUGACUCCUGAUCAAAGGACUUCUUCACUGAAAAAGAAGAAAGUCCUUCCUUUUUCAUUGAGCAACGCGACCAACAUGCAGAAUAUAAUUAGAUCUCCAUGCUCCCCAAGCUCUUCCUCUUGUAAAAUUGUUGAAUCCGGAGCUGAGAAUAGGGCCCCAGAGAACACUCCUCGCAGCGCUGGAACUAACAAUAUCUCAUCAAUGGAGGCCGUUACCCCUGUGUCUAAGCACUCGAACUCGGUUGACAUGAGGAAGAUGCAAAAAAUGUUCAAAAAAGCUGCUGAAGAGAACAUCCGAAGCAUAAAAGCUUAUGUCACAGAACUAAAAGAACGGGUGGCAAAGCUGCAAUACCAGAAACAGCUUUUAGUAUGCCAGGUGUUGCAAAUGGAGGCAAAUGAGUCCUCUGCAGCUGAUGAAACGGAUGCUGCAACAGAACCAUCUCCUGCCACAUGGCAAUUGGUGUUUGAAGAUCAGAGGAAGCAAAUUGUCAUGUUGUGGCAUUUGUGUCACGUGUCGCUCGUGCAUCGCACUCAAUUUUAUUUGCUCUUUAAGGGGGAUCCUUCUGACCAGAUAUACAUGGAAGUUGAACUGAGAAGGCUGACAUGGUUGGAGCAGCAUUUAGCCGAUCUCGGCAAUGCCAGUCCGGCGCUUCUGGGUGAUGAUCCCGCGAGCUUUGUAUCAUCAAGCAUCAGGGCACUUAAACAAGAGAGGGAGUAUCUGGCAAAGCGAGUGAGCAUAAAACUAAGUGCAGAAGAAAGGGAAAUGCUGUAUUUGAAAUGGAAUGUCCCAUCAGAAGGGAAAGGGAAGCCAAAAAGGAGGCUUCAACUGGCAAACAAGCUUUGGACAGAUCCAUUGGACAUGCAGCACAUUAAGGAAAGUGCAGAAAUUGUUGCAAAACUUGUAGGGUUCGGUGACAGUGGAGAAAAUGCGUCCAAGGAAAUGUUUGAGCUCAAUUUUGUGUCUCCUUGUGACAAAAAGACUUGGAUGGGUUGGAACUUGAUAUCAAAUCUCUUGCACUUGUAAAAAAAAUAAUUAAUCAAACAUCUGUAUGAUAUCAUUCCUGUUUCCCUAGUUCACAUUGUACAAAAUGUAGGAACUAACUGCAUAAGAAGGGUAAUGUACGACGAAUAAUAAGACUUCUGGAAGUAAUUAUAGCUGACCAGAGUAACCCAAAACGUUUCUUAGCUAUCUAUAAGCAGUCUUUCUCUCUCUGUGUUUAUGAUCA